AUGGCACAAACAGUAAGAAUGAUAUACCAUACAUUUCAAAGACAUCCAACUAACAUGAUUUCAGAUUCUUCCCCAGAAGUCUAGCCUCAAGAACGACGAACAUCCUUGACCUCGACGGAUCAUCCUCAACAUCAAGCAAAAACAGUAAGUCCACCUUAAUCCCGGAAAACACGUAGAACAAUCAGCUAACCUGAUUCCAGAUUUCUCCACAUAUGGCCCAACCAAAAAACCACACACUCUCUCUAGCCACAAGGCUUUCCACGCUCAGUCUUCAUGAAGACGCCUAGGCCAACCACACAUACUCCUCAAAACCACCAGAAUGGCAUCACUGCUCUUCUACUGGCAUCUAGGUUAGCAAAACAAAACAAAACAAAAACGACUCAGUCACAAACAACUCUACAGCCACAAGGCAUUCUUCUGUGCACAGUCUCCACAAAGACGCCUAGGUAA